AUGGACGGGACAAAGCCGGUCAUGGAAUCCAACGCAGAGGAGACCCAGGACGAGGGACAGGAGAGCAAAGGAUGCUUUGAGUGCUGCAUUAAGUGUCUGGGCGGGGUGCCCUACGCCUCUCUGGUGGCCACCAUCCUCUGCUUCAUAGGUGUGUCUCUGUUCUGUGGCUGUGGCCACGUGGCAUUGACCGGCACCCUGACAAUGCUGGAGGACCACUUUUCCCGGGUCACCAGCGACCACGCUACCUUAACUACUGUGAUCCAGAUCUUUCAGUACAUCAUCUACGGCAUUGCCCCCUUUUUCCUUGUCUACGCCAUCAUCCUGUUGGGUGAGGGCUUUUACACCACUAGCGCUGUCAAGAGGGAGCUCCAGAGCGACUUCAAGAUGACCAUCUGCGGACGCUGCAUCACUGCCUUUUUCAUGUUCCUGACUUACAUCCUGGCUCUGGCCUUCAUCGCCAUCUUCUGCUUCACGGCGAUUCCAGUUUUCCUCUUCUUUAACAUGUGGAAUACCUGUGCUGCCAUGAAGUCCCCUGAUGCCAACAUCACAUCUCCUGAAUCCAUCUGUGUGGAUGUCAGGCAGUAUGGUGUUAUUCCCUACAACGCCACACCCGGAAAAGCUUGUGGAGCCACAUUGGGAGACAUUUGUACCACCAACGAGUUCUACCUGUCCUACCACCUCUACAUUGUGGCACUAGCCGGGGCCGGAGCCACCGUCAUCGCAUUGAUCCACUAUCUGAUGAUUUUGUCUGCCAACUGGGCUUAUCUGAAGAGCGCCGCCUACACACACGACUACCAGGACAUCAAGACCAAGGAUGACCAGGACCUGGAAGCCGAGGCGCGCUCAAAGGAGGGCCAGAACUCCUCCUCCUACUCAUAA